GAGAUAGAAACAGGAAGUGGCCGAAAUGAGUGAAGUGCAUGGAGGUGUGGAAGGGGGGGGAACUCACUCCAAAGCAGUGCUGCUCUCCUCUGCAGGGGAGAUCCUCGCCGAGACAGAUGGACCCUGCACCAAUCACUGGUUGGUUGGUGUUGAUAAGUGUGUCGAAGGCAUUAACGAUAUGGUCCAGAAGGCAAAGAUCAGUGCGGGGCUGGAUCCCAACACACCCAUUUGUUCUCUGGGCAUGUCGCUAAGUGGUGGGGAGCAGAAGCAUGCCAUUCAAAAACUGAUUGAUGAGAUGAUGGAAAGAUUUCCUAAACUAAGCAAGAGUUAUUACAUUACCACAGAUGCUAUUGGUGCCAUGGCAACAGCAAGUGACCGUGGUGGUAUAGUACUGAUCUCAGGAACUGGUUCAAACUGUAAGCUGGUGAACCCUGAUGGCAGUCAGGUAGGCUGCGGCGGAUGGGGUCACAUGAUGGGGGAUGAAGGCUCAGCAUAUUGGAUCUCUCAUCUUGCUGUAAAAGCAGUAUUUGAUGCCAAGGAUAACCUGGUCACACCUCCACAUGAUAUCACCUAUGUUAAAAAAGCCAUGGAGGACUACUUCAAGGUGUCGGAUCUGAUGGGCAUGCUCCCCCACCUGUACAGAAACUUCCAGAAAUCAUAUUUUGCUGGCUUCUGUAGAAAACUGGCUGAAGGUGCUAAUGCAGGUGAUGCCUUCUGUCGAUACGUGUUUACCCAGGCUGGUAAAGUUCUAGCACAGCACAUUGUAGCAGUGCUUCCCAAAGUGCACCAGGAGCUGUUCUUGGGUGACCUUGGCCUGCCCAUUCUGUGUGUUGGAUCUGUAUGGUUAAGCUGGGAGCUGAUGAAGGAUGGUUUCACUCAGGUCCUCUCCCAGGCCAAACUGUCUGGUUACAGCAAUUUUCAGAAGUAUAGCCUUCUCACCCUACGCCAGUCAUCUGCUGUAGGUGGUGCCAAGCUGGGAGCCCAGAAUGCAGGUGCCACCAUGCCCCUGGACUACUCCACUAGUUCCAGCGUGUUCUUCAGCCACUCAUUCACUGAGCAAUGAUCAACACUAAUGAGGACCACUCAACCCUGUUUUAAUACAUAUUUGGCUCCAGUGAAGUUCAGAACAAUCAGAAAAAUACCUUGACUUAACAUUCCUAUGUAGUAUUUCAAGUGAUCUGUAUAACGUCAUUCAGUUUACAGUGGCUCUUCAGCAGCCAUAUGCUCAUUAACCCAGUGAAAGAGAGUAGGUGUAGUUACUGGGAAUGCAAGAGUUUUUUUAUUGUUCUUUACCUUGGAAUUAGGGUCAUUUAAUGGAAAAAAAAAAAAACUUGAUUUAGUUCCACAUUUCCUUGCUCUUAUUUUGAAUAUAAAAAUGAACGUGGUUCUGAGAUGUAUCUGUCCCCUUGUGCAUGAAUUGUGAAACAUUAACUCCCGUCUUCUCAUAAAUUGAGAGGACAAGAGAAAGAGGCCUAAGCCCUGAUUAAAAAUCUUGAUUUAAAAAGCAUUAAUUAUUAAAAUUCAUGAUUAAAAAAGCAAAAUGGUGUGUUCUUGUCCAGUUUUAACUGAAAGCAUCUGUUAAAACAUCAAGUCUUUCUGUAUACCCAAAAUUAGCAGCAUUUUUUUAUUUUCUUACUGUCCCGCCCAGUCGAAAAGUGACGAAUAUUCCAACAGCAAAUUAAGAGAGAAAAACAUGCACAUGGCAGAAUGGAAAUACAUUGUAAAUGGUGUAGGUGCAUACAUUGGUCAAAAGUUGUUUUUUUUUUUUUUUUUACCUUAAUGAUGUUUAUUAUUGGAAGACUGUUCUGCUGAUGUUUGAUGUGAACAUUACCUGAAUCUCAUGAGUUAUAGCUGCUACACAAAAGACUGGACAAUUGCAUUGAAAUGAGCAAGUGUACAGCUGUUCUUAGAGUGGCUGGUGAGUGUAUAAUGUAGAGUAAAUACACACAGUAAGCUUGGGUACCCAUUAAGGACGCUACUGUGUUUUACCACAAUUUCACAAUUAUGGCAUAACCGCAUUAUGUUAGUUAUUACAUACUUCUUGAUUUUGUGUCACUUCUAUUUUUAUAUAUGACCAUGAUAUACACUGAUCAGCCAUAACCUUAAAACCACUGACAGGUGACAUGAGUAACAUUGCUUAUCUUGUUACAGUGGCACAGGUCAAGGGGUGGGAUACAUUAGGCUUAAAGUUGAUGUUGGACACAAGAAAAAUUUGCAAGCGUAAGGAUCUGAGCGACUUUGGAAAGGACCAAAUAAAAAGCAAGGCUAGACGACUGGUUUUGAGUAUCUCUAAAACAGCAGGUCUUGUCGGGUGUUCCUGGUAUGCAGUGGUUAGUACCUACCAAAAUUGGUCCAAAGGAGGACAACCGGUGAACCUGUGACAGGUUAUGGGCGCCUACGGUGCACUGAUGCGCGUGGGGAGCGACGGCUAGCCCAUCUCGUCUGAUCUCACAGAAGAGCUACUGUAGCACAAAUUGCUGAAAUAUUUAAUGUUGGCUAUGAUACAAAGGAGUCAGAACACACAGUGCAUCACUGCUUACUGCAUAUGGGACUGUGUAGCUACAGAUCGGUCAGAGUGCCCAUGCUGACCCUUAUCCACUGACGAAAGCACCUACAAUGGGCACGUGAGCAUCAGAACUGGACCGUGGAGCAACGGGAGAUCACGGCCUGGUCUGACAAAUCACUUUUUUUUUUUUUUUUUUUUUUUAA